AAGUUUGCCGAUAUUUUAAUAACGCUAUACUGUGAUGUGUUUGUUUUAAAUUAAUUAUAUUGCGUUUUUUGUGAUCAGCCACAGAUUAAUGAUACAGCAUCCACGUAGUCAGCAGUGAUCACUGUUAGUCGUAAUGUUGCGGCGAAGUAAUUUUUGUUCAAUAUGCAUUGCGUUCAAUCUCAGUGUUCUUUUAACACUUGCUGGAAGUCAAAAUACAGACAACACUAAUCACCUACCAUCGGGAAGUCGAAGCCGGGAUCCAAAAAACAUCAAACCAAUUGAAGACGUCGACGACAGUUUGCUGCAAUUGCCCACUAAUCCAGAUGGUACCCCUAAUAUCGACAAAAUAUUAGACAGAACGCGAUUAAAAAUCAAAAAUGAAUUAAGUAACUACAAUUUCGCACAGUCCAGAGAUCAAAAUUUAGAUGGUUUGCUCAUGGAGUCAGGGGGCCAACCUUUUAGGAGUUUGAUCACAUCCACAUGGAGAUCUGGAACAACUUUUCUCGGAGAAGUUCUUAACGCAUUGCCAGGGAAUUUUUAUCAUUUUGAGCCUUUAAUAAACUUUGGGAUAGUCCAGAUAAAAAAUACAUCAGAGGUUGAUAAAGCUUUGGAAACUAUAACAAAGAUGUUUCAUUGUAAUUUUGAUGCCAUGGAAGAUUAUUUUGAAUACGGAAGAAAUCAUUCGUAUCAAUUUAGCCCUAACAGAAGAUUGUGGGACCAUUGUAAAUAUAAGAAAGAAUUGUGUAUUGACGCAGAUUUUACUUCCAGGUUUUGUAAAUUGUUUCCUUUUCAAACUAUGAAAGUAGUACGUGUAAGGUUACACCAUAUAAGGCAAUUGUUAGAAGAUACCGAGCUUAAUUUAAAAGUGAUCUUCUUAAUAAGAGACCCUCGGGGUGUGAUGCAAUCAAGGCAGCAUUGUGGUUUCUGCCUGCGAACACCAGAUUGUUUGAAACCUGAACUUCUCUGUGCUGAUAUGAUUAGCGACUAUGUAGCGGCUACAAGUCUAAAACAGGAGUACCCACACCGUUUUAUGAUUGUGCGUUUUGAAGAGAUGGCACUAAAUCCAAAUAGCACUACCCAAGCAGUGCUCAAGUUCCUUGGUCUGGAUAGAACGCCAUCGAUUGAUGAGUUUCUUCAGUCACACACCAACUUCUCGAAGGGUGGUAUCAGCUCUACGUUCAGGGUUUCUCGCGAUGUGCCUUUCAAAUGGAAAAAUGUUCUAGAUUUUAAUUACGUAAACGAGAUACAGAUGAAAUGCAAGGAGGCUAUGUCUCUAUGGGGCUACCGCAACGCACACAACGCCACACACAUGACCAGUAAAGAUUACAACCCGCUCGACCAGAACCACUGUGUUGACCAGUUUCUGAUCCCUCCGGAUAAUUAACCAGUUUGGGGCUCAUCAGGGUAACUGGCAGAGCGAGGGGAUCCAUCCCAGUUCUAAAGUACCUUCAAUCCUACAAUGAAGGAGUCUAGUCCUUUCAUCAUAAACUUCUUCAAUUAACUAAUGGAGUUACUAGCCUAUGUUAUUCACUUAAAGUGUAGCUUUCCAUUGUUUUGUUUUUUUUUAUUGACGAAGUAGUUUUAAAGCCUAUUCGUUAAAAUCAAAAUAAAAAAAACAAAUCUCACCUCUUUAUAAUAUAAUAUAGAAUACUAGCAGAUCCUCGCGGUUUCCCCCGCGUAGUUUCCGUUCCCAAAAGAAUAAGAGGAUAAAAUAUAGCCUAUAGC